UUCGCACCGAGAUGGACGCGAGAAGCAGAGCGGCGGCUGCUUUACUGUUAGAUUUCCUUGAACGAUCCGAGAACGACGAGGGAGACUUUGAAGGAGACUUUGAUCAGGAAUUAAGCGACGAUCUCGAUGAUCGUAGCAGCGACGAAGAAGAACAAGCCCGGCCAACGUUUGGAGGCUAUGAAUACGAAUUUAUAGAUAACGUUUUGGACAAUCAAAUAUGUCCGGUGUGCCUUUUGCCUAUGAGAGACGCUGUCCAAACUAAAGAGUGCGGCCAUCGAUUCUGUAAAGAUUGCUUACACGGGAUUCUAAGGUUUGUCUUCAGCAGGAUAAUUCGCACCUUUAAGUAACGACAACCUUCUUCGACAGAGAAUCGUUAGGACUCGUUACAAGGAAGUACAGCGCUGCGAUUUUUGUAUCAACUUUCAUGGCGGACAAAACAAUAAGUGAUUUUACUUUCUUUCUUUUUCUGUACAUUUUAGGCAAGUAGGCUUUGAAUAACAUGGCGAGUGCUGUGUUUGUUCAUUUAAAAAAAAUUAUUGGCAAGCUGUUUACGUUUUCGUGCAAGGACCAAUUCUUUGACGCAAUAUUUUCAUUCGCGAAAAGUUUCAAUGCAGAAGUGCGGCGCGGGCUGAUGAGGAGAUGUGAAUUUCCGCACACAAAUUUAUGUCGUUGAGGUAAAUCCACUCGAGGUCGAGAACUCAAUUAAUGGCCUAGUUUAGCGCUAUACACUUGAAAAACACAGCAAAAAAAUCCUUUCUUCCAUUUUAAUGAGAUUCAUUCCAUGUGUUUGUGUCGGCGAUGCCACAAAGCAUCGAUUUACGUACUUCCGGUAAGGAAAACCGCUUACCUCGGCUCUUUCUCUAUCAUGUUUAAACGUAACACGGAAAAGUCCAGAUAAGAAAUCGCUGAGAAUGUUUUUCGUAAUAUAACAUUAUUUCGUUAAAACUUGACAAUGUGAUAUCCUUUAGAUUUUUUCAGAAAAGGCUAUGAAAACCUUCUAGAAAACGCGUUCUAAAAUAUAUUUACUCUUUCGUAAACGGCCAAAGGAUGCAAGAUGUUUAAGAGAAUGGUUCGAGAUCGAAAUACGUCAUUGUACUCAGGUUUACCCACUUGUAAAUAUGAUUUUAUUGCGUUGACAAAAUAUGUUUUACACCGUUAAGUGACACAUUUCUCUGCACUGUUUUCUCCCUCGGUUUCAUAAAACGUGCACGAGAAAUUGACGAAAAUGCAUUGAUUAUACAACAAGUAAUACCUUGUCCACGACCUUAAGUUUCAUGAUAAAAUAGUUUUCUAUUAAAUUAUUUUAUUCACAAUAUAUUUAAUAACUGUGUAAUCACUCUAAUAUCACACGUAAACAAAAGCGAUUUCAAGGACAUGUUCAGCAAUAUCUUCAGCAUAUUCAAUAAUUUUGUGAGAGUUUCGUAAUAAGUUUAGUUACAUGCCCCAGUGUCUUAUUCCGGUGUGUUUCUGUUCUCGCUCCACAGAAGUAACCAUCCAGUUUGUCCGAAUGACAGGCAGAACAUCAAACGAAAGGGCGGGGUAAGUGAAAUUAUUUUCAGCUAUUCUUCGACUGAUGGUUACACAAAAUGUCAGCUUUCUUUUCUACAUUAUUCAACAAUGGUUAGAGUACAUUCAUGAAUCCUAUUCUUACGGAAAGUUAAACUCAAGAGAGGAAAUACUUAGAUUUCAGUUUAAGCGUUCAGCUAGAGUAUAUUUUUUAUUCAUAAUUAUUUUAUCAUUGCUCUAUGAAAAAGGUAAACCUUCUGGUUUAGGAACACGAGUUUGUAUGAGGAAACCUUUUUUUUAUUUUACGAAAACAGGCAAAACUGAUGGGGAAUUAAUUUAUCAUACCGAAAAGGAAUUUAGACCACUUAUGUCCAGCAGUGUACGCAAUGACAAAAAUGGCAGAUUUGAAGAAAUUUCGUCAAAGUGAGGGAAUGUUCAUGGAUUCGACGAUUUUGGCGAAUUUUAGUCAAAUUCAUCAAAACGAAAUCAGCUUGGCGGAUCAGACGAUUUUGACAAAUUUUCGCCAUUUUCGUUACUGCAUGUAUUUCUGGACAUAUCUCAUUUAGACAAGGGAACUUUUUAACCUCAAGGAAAAUGUUUAAUCCCGAGGGAAAAUGAAACCGCCAGCGGGAACUUUUUAAUCCCUAUGCAAACAAAACCAUUUGGGGGAAAUGUACCACCCUAGCCAAAAACGAAACUGCCAGGGACAGGGAAAGGGGAAUUUUUAUUUCUGAGAACAAAAUGACACUGAAAGGAAGACUUAUAUGUCCUAACGGAAAAUGAAACCACAGGGAAAAUUGUUUACCUCAACGUAAAGAAAAACUGUGGGAGGAAAUGAUUAAUCUCUACAACAAGGAAGACUGUUGAAGUAAAACUUAUCACAGCAUGAUACUGAAGUGUAAACCCAAAGGUAAGUAAUCAUUAUUUAUCGACUGAAGGGGUGGGGGUAUUUUGGUUGUCACUCUUACUAUUUACGUUAGCCCCCACAAGGCUCUGUAGUAUGCUAAAAACCUUCUAAUGAUUCCGCCUCGUUGGCAGUCAAUUUUAACAAAAAAAACCUCCGACCCCAGCCCCUCUCCCACUCCGGCGAUAAAUGACGACUGGUUACUAAUCCUUCUCGGUUUUUUUUUAGUUUUUUUCAGACAAAGCCUGGGCUAGGGAUAUUUUGUGCCUCCGAGUAAAAUGCAAACAGAGCGCCACAGGAUGUGGCUGGAUUGGUCAACUGCGACACGCGGAGGUGAGCGGACUUUUUUUUUAACUGGCAUAUAGUACUGUACUUUCUUGUUUUGUUUAUACCACUUGUUAGUUUUUUUUCUCUGGACAAAACAUUUCCAGUAGAGGAUGAAUCCUCACCUGGGAAACCUCACAAAGACUUGGAGCUCUUUUUGACUGAGUGUCGUAAAACCAACGUGUAAUAAUCAUCACUACCAAUCACAACAUAAAUUACAUGGAACUAAUCAAAAGUAAAAGUGAGAACAAACUAACCGCCCAAAGAGGGGAAAACGCGAAAGACCAAACCGCGAUCAACUACAGUCUUAUAUCUGAUUGGUAGAGUGGGAUGCUUCAGUUUCGUGGACCAAUCACAGAGCAUAUUGUAGCAAAGCCAAUCCAAUCCCGAACUUUGUGACACGCAGUUGGGCACACUGUCCUGUUUUUGCAUUUUUGACUUUUCUUAGGACCACCAAAAGACCUGCCCCUAUGUAGAAGAGCAGUGCCGCGAUUGUGAAGCAAACAUACAGAGAAGACACCUUGAUACUCAUUACAAGGAGGAGUGCCCAAGGAGAUUAGUGGAAUGUGUGCACUGUCAAAAAAAGUACCGUUUCUUGGAAAAAACUGUAAGUAUCAUAGUGAAGGCUCAUUUUUUAGAACAAUCCACAAUGGAUUACAUACACUUUUCACAGACAACUUAGAGACUGAAUGACAAUUCUUUGUCUUUCUUUGUAAUAAAUCGCAUUUUAUACCGUCACAUGAUAGAACGUUGAGAACGGACAGGUUGGAAAAAAACCCAACGUAAGCAAAUAACAAAGAAAUAAGUGACUCAUAAGUUUUCUUAUGAGUCCCCUUUCGAAAAUACACUUCCUCUCACUAACUCGUAUUCGUGAUUUCAAAGACCUUUUUUUUCUAUGAUUGCUUUUUUUGGCGGACAGUUUUGAGCUGUGUUACUUUUAUUCUCUCAAUCCAGGUACACGAGGACUUUUAUUGUAGCCGUUACCCUCUCAGCUGCACCAAUAAUUGUGGAGCCUUGCAAAUACCACGAGAAGAGGUACGGUGAAAAAACUUUUUACUUCUCAACACAUCGUAUCUUUGUAAAAGGAAAACUCCAAAGACGUUUAUAGUGUAGUCCAUAGCCAUUCUAUUCUGAUAACAUAAGUUUACUGAGAUCAAAGUUUUGCUUUGGUUGUUUAUUUCCCGCGCCCAAAAAUGUAAAUCUAUGAAUCACUGAGAAACACAACACUGGCACUGUAGUGCUUCGUGUUGUGCCGUACGUCUCUCUCACAUCACCCGAAAAAGAUUUGCUGGUCGACUCCAGCUUUACCAAAUUCUACUUGAUGCAAAGCUAUCUCUCCGAACAAAAACCAAACAAUGUCUCAAUGCCUCUCAACAUCAACCAUUUUUCAGCUUUUUUCUCCUUACUUCCUCAGCUGGAAAGGCACAUUUCCGAACAAUGCCCGUUGACUGAAGUGACCUGCCCCUAUGCCAAGGCCGGGUGUCCUUAUAAGGUACAUGAUAUGUACGAAGUGUAGUCAUUAGUACUAUAAACUGUCAUGAUCCGAUGGAAAGCGACUGCUUGCGAAUUUUACUUAACUGACAUUUCGUCCUCCUUUUCACUAACAAAGCAAUUCAAAGCAAACCAAUCUUUGCGGGUAACAGUUUUACCUUGCCUGAUUUAUCUUUCGGGUUUUAACAAUGAAAUAGAGACGUGUUGGCAUAUCUAUCACAUCUCCUCAAAGCUUCAGCUAUAAAAGUCGCUAUGGCAGUUAAGUUCCUUUUAACGAACUUACUUGUUACUUUUCAACAAGGCACUAAAGAUAAGAUUAUUUCACGGUUUACCUCGAUGCAAGAACCUGUGAAGAUUUUCUUUUUUUUUUUUUUGUCACUAUCAAUUCCUAGGCUCCUUUUGUUUUGUUUUCUUUGUUUUGCUCCACUCCAAAACUUUAAAGGUUCUUACACCGAGAAUGAUACACAUCUCUUUAGCCACGCCCAGAGAACCCUGGAAAUUCGUGUUACACUUGAUCAUAUUUCGGCUAAUCUUAAUAAUCUUUCCUGAAGAUGGGAUUUAAAGGUAUUUUUUUGGCCCCAUCGCUGCCCCAUUACACAAAGGUGAUUUCCAAGUAAGACAACGACAGUGUCAAACAACUUGGGAUAAACUCUUCUAACCCUUUAAUUCCCACGAUCUUAUUAGUAAUUCUCCUUACUGUCUGCCAAAUGAUUCUUAUAAUGUUAGUUUGGAGAAUUUGGUAUCGGAUCAAUUAGCAAUCCCAUAAUUGAUAUUUUUCUUUAUUCUCAUCGCUUGUCCGCAUGAUACUGUAUACAUAUAGUAAGGAGAAAUCCUAUCCUGGUCACUCACGGGAGUUCAAGAGAUAAAGCAAUCCGUUUUCAAUUUUAUUUUAAUUCUGGGCAUCCUUGUCUCUCUUCGGCUUUCCUUUCUUCCUUCUGUAAAAUUCCAUUGAUGUACAAUUCAGCCUUUAAAAGAAUCCCUCAAAACGAGACUAGGGGGAAUAAACUAUUGUGUUUGACGGGCUCGUUCCCAUGGCUGCGGAACGAUGUCUCAUGUUUUAUGAUAAUUUCUAAAAUCACGAAAUUGGAGUAUUCUACGAUCCAGGGUAAUUUAGUAUUAUCAAAUGAGUUGAUAAAGUACCGUCAUUCGCUCUGACGAAGGGCUAACGCUCGAAACGUCGUCUUUCAAACUCUUUACGGAGGCCAAUUUACGUUAUCAACUCAGUUGAUAAUACUAAAUUACCCUGUUAUACUCUUCCACCGACGCAGCACCGCAGUUUCUUUAGAAACGUACCCCCCUGUAGUCUUCAGCCGUAUGACCUCACCCCUCAACUGAUAUCGCUAUCACCAUGGCAGUUGUGGAUAUCACUUGCUAAUUCAUUGACAGGAUAAGAGAGUUCACCUGAGCAGACACAUGGAGACCAGCGUGGAUAAUCACUUGUGGCUGACAUGGUACUCGCUCGUGGAAACAAAACAAGAGCUUGGCAAUCUGAAAGAUCUGCGGCAGAAAUAUAUCAAGGUUCAGUUUGUGAACGAGAGGCUGACACAGUCCUCUGCUGAGUUCGUUGGAGAGAUCCGCGAUUUAUCGGCAGCUGUUAAACGAUUGGAAGCACAAAACGCCAAACAAGUGAAGCAGAUCGAAGACUUGACCAGAAAGCUUGAAAAAGUUCAAAAGCCUGGCAAAUCUUACUCAUCAAGGAAAAGCGCGCUUAAUAAUUCCUACUGAAUUUAGUGUUAAAAAAAAAAUAACGAAGCAAUCUCAAAGACCGAUUAGAUCAAAGGAGAAGUCACAAUUGGGAGCAUAUCAGUGAUAACUCGGGGUUUCAGUUACUUUAAUACUAUGAGAGGUUGAAACACUCACCCCUUACUCCCGCCUUGUAUUUAAAAAAAAAUUUCAAGAUAUGGUCUUGAGCGCUUUUCCCGCUGACGAAAAGUAGCUUCCAUUUAAACUGUUUACACUACGCUGCAAGUUGAAGUCAGCGAUGGCAGUCGAACUGUUUCCGCUUUCAAACCCCUGGGGAAAAUCAUUUUAGUACGUCAUACUGUUCUAUAGAGGGCCCAGCAGGGCAAGAGACCUUUAGGCGCUAAAAAAUAUUAACGGAGUUUGUCGUUUAAAGUUUUCAUUACACAUCACUGACCGACCUGGAUUUCUCUUCAAUUGGGAAAGCUUCCUACCCUCCCCACCCAGACUUUGAUGUAGUUUAAUAUGGUGUGAUGUUUUCCUUGAGGUGAUAUAGUCAAUAUUGGAUGUACGAAGACAUCAACUGAGUUCUCGAAAAUAGUGAAAUAUUGCGUGUAAAUGUUCCACUUCAAAGGUCAUAGUAACCUAGCAUUAAGAUAGCUUGUAAUGCAGAUGUUCAAAGACUAGCUCUGAUUCGUAACGAGCGAGUAUCAUUGAGGUUAAUUUGACAGGAUGGAUCAGCCAUUCUGACUGGUUUUAAUGCGAGAAGGAAAAUUUUCUACUGGCUCUUCAUAGAAAUUAUUCAUUUUUUUCUCAAGUUUUUCUUGCUUGUAAACAU